AUCAACAUUUUGUGUAUUAAAAACAAACAUGGCGGCGAUUUUACGGCUAGGGGCGAGAGAACUGCGCCGAAAGUCAAGAUGUUCUUUUUCCCCAGCGUGUUUCAAUAUUAUAAUAACUUCAGAUGCAAUAUCAAGAAGACAUUUGAGUCUGUCGGCGGCCGUUCAAGGUGUUACUCCAAUGGAAUUGCUAAUGCCUGCUCUUUCCCCAACCAUGGAAGUUGGAACCAUUAAAAAAUGGCUGAAAGAAGAAGGAGAACCUGUUGCAGUAGGAGAUGCAUUAUGUGAAGUGGAGACUGACAAGGCAACUGUAACUAUGGAUUCAGAUGAAGAUGGUAUAAUGGCAAAAAUAUUGGUUAGUGAAGGUACAUCAGAUAUAAAGAUAAACACAUUAAUUGCAUAUAUGGUGGGUGAAGGAGAGGACUAUAAAGAUGUGGACAUACCUGAGCAGGUGUCGACAACACCUGCUAUUGCUACUCGUACAAGUGGAAAUGUUGAUGCUUCUCAGACAGGUGUGUUGUCAAGUUCACAACCUCCUCUUAGCAAAGAAAGGCAAAGUUUAUCUCCAGCUGUCAGAUACUUGAUUGAUACUCAUAAGCUUGAUCCUAACAAUAUUCAACCCACCGGUCCUAAGAACAGGAUACUCAAAGGUGACGUGUUAAGAUACAUGUCAAGUGAUCCCGUACCUAAAGAUAGCAGUCAACCCAAAAAAUCAACAACCCCGGUUGUAACACCAAGUGAGAACCAAAAAAUUCCAGAAACUAGACAAACCUCAGAUCCAGAAAUUCAGAGUAAAAAGUUGUAUGAUGACAUCGAACUGAGUAAUAUGCGAAAGGUUAUCGCAAGACGACUCACGGAAUCAAAGAGUACUGUUCCACAUGCAUACUCCACAAUAGAAUGUACAGUAGAUUCAAUAUUAAAAUUAAGGAAAUCAUUUGCAAAGGACAAAACUAAACUCUCGGUCAACGACUUUGUGAUCAAGGCAGCUGCAAUGGCUCUCAAGGAACACCCUGAUGUCAACUCCCAAUGGAAUGGUGAAGAUGUUGUACACAUGCCCAGUAUCGACAUAUCAGUUGCCGUAACAACAGAACAAGGUCUAAUUACCCCGAUUGUGGUGGAUGCAGCCAGCAAAGGAUUAAAACAGAUAUCAGAAAGUGUGAGAGACUUGGCAUCUAGAGCUCGUGACGGCAAACUUCAGCUUCAUGAAUUCCAGGGUGGGUCAUUCAGUAUAUCAAACUUGGGCAUGUUUGGCAUUGGUGAGUUCAGCGCCGUUAUUAACCCACCUCAAGCAUGUAUUCUUGCAGUCGGGACAUCAAAGGUGCAAUUGACAGAUACGAACCAGGCAAGAACAGUAAUGACGCUCACCCUUUCAAGUGAUGCAAGAGUUGUGGACGAUGCUCUCGCGGCAGCCUUCUUACAAUCAUUAAAGUCUAAUCUGGAAAACCCAAUGAGGCUAGGCUUGUUAUGAUUUUAUUAGGGUCUCCCUUCCCUCCCUCUUACCCACUUCACUCAUAAUGAGAUCAUAGAAACUCUUAAAUUAUACAAAUUAUAUAAUGUUUAUCUGAAAUAUUUCUGUUCAAAUAUUCUCAUUUAUUUACCAUUAUUUUCUGAAACUUGGGUUAUUUUUAAACAAAUCCCAAUGGAAUGCUGAACAUUUUAAGUGAAAAAUGUGUUUGUCUGCUGUGAGAAUAUAUGAGGCAUGUUGUGGCAAAAUGGCUAAGUUGUAGCAAAAAUUGAAAUUCAAGUUAUUGGUAUUUUCAAAUACCUGAGUAUGUGAUAUUUAAAAUGAGGGGUCAUUCAUUCAAAUUGGACAUU